GAUGUCAAACUCUCGGCUCCCGGCUUGUCUCCAGGGGCUACAAAGGGUUUCAUAGAUGGGAGGCUGACACUGGCUUUGGGGACACCUCCUCAACUCCGUGACUGAUCUCACCUGUUUGAGGCCCCCAAACUCUGUUCUCUGCUUCUUUCCCUGGUCCCGAUUCUAGUUCUAAUCAAGGUGACUCUGGCCAUCUUUCAUGGAAGUCCCUGGUCCCCCUUACAGGCUGGGCCUUUCUCCUCCUGUUCACUUUUGGGCUAGUCUGACUCCACCCCUUCCAUAGCUGGUCUCUCCUUCUACAACUAGGGCAGCCCAACUCUGGGGCUCUUGAGGUGGACAGCGGCAUCUAAGGAGAAUUUAACACUUUGUUUUGUUAUCCUUGUUUUGUUGUUGGCUUGCUUUUUAUGGUUUCUGUAUAUGUAUGUUUAAGAUGUUGUUCUAACUGAGGGUGGCAGGAGUGGAAGUGGGUGGGAAGGAUGGGGUGGCUGGGGGAUGGACAUUGGGGAGGGUUCGUGCUUUGGUGAGUGCUUGAAUUGUGUGAGACUGAUGAAUCACAGACCUCCACCCCUGAAACAAAAACUACAUCCUAUGCUAAUUAGAAAAAAAAGCUGUUCUCUAUAAGCAGUACUAGAAUGGUUCCUAUUUACAAGAAAAUUACAUAAUAAUAAAGUGGUGGUUUGUAGAACACUGAUAUUCAGCUGUCUUGGGCCAAAAGGAGUUGAGAAAACAUUGUGAGAGUCCUCGGGAGAGACAGUUUAGGAAGCUCAGCUCAGGACAGGGCCCAGGAGAGAGGAUAACUAGGGGUUUGUCUAGUCUCCUGGGUCCCUGGCCCUGCCCACCCAGCACAUCUGGAGCUGCCAGCUCUCUGGGUGUUGUCCUGGAUCCGCCAGGGGAGAAGCUGAUGAAAGUCUUCUCUUAAACUGCUCUCAUUCCUGGAGGUCCUAGAAGAUGCCAUGAGAGUCUGAUUGGAUUGUUUCCCUGUGAGGUUCAUCAUGUAAAGCCGAAGCUAGUGGGUAGGAGGAUCACAAAGAGAAGUGACAGAUCUACACUGUUGGAGGUGUUCAAAUGUCUUGGCCAAUUAGGGAUGAUUUUGAGACCACGCAGUCUUCUCAGACUAAUACCAGAGGAUAUUCCAGCCCAGAAGACAGAUUUGAUUACAGUUGUAUCAUCCUCAUAUCAUUCAGUUCCAGUGUUUCUCUUUUUCUUUUCUAUUUUUUACUCGUGUUUCAUUAAUAGAGGUACUUCUCAAAUUCUAAACAUAUGGGAAUUUCUAGUUAGUUUUUUAAAUCAGUGAUUUAUAGCACAUUAUGUUACCACAACAUGCUCUGUUGUUGUCUGUGAUUUCAUGCCUCUGGGAAAAAAUUGAGAUUUCCCUUAUGGCCAAAGUAAAUGGGGUGCGUUUUUGUAACGGUCUCCUAUGUUGUUCAGCCAUGGCUCUCAGACGGGAGUUUGGAAAGGAAGGAGAGAGCGCCCAGAAGAUGGAACAGAGACCUGGGUUGGAGGGAGCAAACAAGAAGGAUGGCCAAAGUUCCAGAGAGGACCUGUCGUUGGGAUGGCACGUGGUGGGGUAUCAGCUUGUCCUUUCCUUGCCUGACCAUUUCCAUCUCGGCCCUGAUGGGAUUGAAGUCCUGUGGAAGCUUCUCAUUUUAACUGCCUCCUUGGGAACUUGUGCCUUUCUCAUUUACCUCUGGAGAACCGUCCUCGCUAUAAAGCCUCGACAAUAUGAAGUUACUUUAGAACAAAUCAAGAUGAAGAUCAAUGACCUUAAAAAAGAAAACAGUGUUCUUGAGGAAAACAUAGCGAGUUGUGAGGAGAAGGUCAGGGAAGCAAAGAAGCAAGGAGAAACAAAGAGAAAACAUAAGCUUUCCCUUGCUCAAGUACAUAAAUUGAAAGAGAACAUCAAAAAGGUGGAAGAGAUUAAUGAAAAUUUGAAGGACUCCCUUCAUUGUAAUCAGGCUCUCUUACAAGCUGAGAGAGAAAAGAAUAUCAAGAACGUGGACAUGGCCCAAGAUGAAUUGGGGGAUCAAGAGCUGAGAGCCUUCACAUCCAAGAACCAAGAACUGAAAGAAAGGAAAAAGUUCCUGGAAGACCAGCGUAAUUCCCUGAGUUCUCAGAAAACAGCUAAAGAAGCAGAAUUGAACCUGCUAAAGAAGAAAGUGGAUAUGGUGGUGGAGUUCUCUGAAAAACGAAAACUGACUGCAGAAGAGAAGCUAGAAGAGAUACUUUGUGAAUUUUACACAACCAAGAAUGAGCUGUUUGCUGCCGAUGAAAAGCUGAAAUUAACGGAAGAAGAAAUGGACAAGUACAGACAAGAAGUGGAAGAAAUGGAAGAUCAGCUGCUGGAGGCUGAGCUCACCUUCAAUCACAAGAUCGCAGUUCAGGAGAGAAAUGCUGUGGCUAACUGGAUGAAGGCUCGGUAUUGGGAAACAAGGAUGAUGCAGCAGAGCAGGGAGAACGCGUACCUGAAAUACAGACUGCGCAUGAUGGAAGGGGAGACGCUGCCUGUGGGAUCCAUGUGGCGCGGACCCAUGCCUCGAAGGCCCGAGUUGCAGGAGCCUGUGUGGCAAGGUAGGGAGCACGAUGGGAAACGCAGCAGCUGAUUUUUGCUGUGAAACCACAUGGGGUCCUUCCCGUUGCUGUGGGUGAUCGCUGUGUGUCCUGGAGAGAAUCACAAGCCUGCAGGUUUUCUGAAGGGGUGACAGAUGGGUGCUUUCCUCAUAUGCCCCCAGGCAGCAGGACACUUGCCCCCGUGAAAGGUAGAGCUC